AUGUGGCUCCUGCACGCCAUUGACAGCCAACCGAGUAACUGGAGUCCGCAAAUUACAGACUUCGCCAUCUACGGUGCAGACCGUCUUGCAGCACAAUGUAUCUUUCGGAUAUUCGAGGCCCAGAUUGUGCGAGGCGAAGGCAAAGUGGGCAAAGGGUUUCUCUUUCGAAAGCGCGAAGGCGGAUGGGAUGAGGGACCAUUGGUUGUGGCUAUGGCAACGGCAAAGAAGUGCUAACUGCCUAGACUUAACUACUACACGCACAUGCCUUACUAGUCGGACUUUUUUGCUACGUUUUCACACAAAUAAAUGAAUCUUCAUCUUUCUCUUUCUUUUUCACAUCGAUCCUUGACGAGCAAAGCAUUGCUAGGAGAUCACGCUAUUCUCAUCGGGCUUUUCAUCAUAUUUACAUCAUCUUUAUCAAGCGCCACUAGUAGUUCUAGUUUUCGCGUAAAUAAAAGUUCAACUUGUCGUCAACAUGCUGUCCAUUUCAUCUUCCGCGGUUGUCCCCAGCAAGUUCUGGCGUGCGAACUUCUGCUCUUCCGACACCCUUUGGUGAGUGCAAAUGCAGUAUGGCAAACCCAUGAGAUGCCAGAGGAUAUCAGUCGCUACCUGUGGCUGAAACAGCGUGUGCAUGUGCGAAGCCACAUAUUAGAACAAGCGGACGAUGCGACUGCGAGCAGUUCUGAAAGGAAUGAAGAUGGUGCUUCUGGGGAUAGUACGACUACGAUCCUUGACGAUGAGCGAAACAAUAUUAUUCAAGGCGGUUCAGGUUCACCUUCUCGCUCUCCUGACAUAUCUUCAGCAGGGUCAGAUACUAGUCAAUAUCAGUUUCAUGUGGUUGCGACACUGGACGAAUUCACAAAAGAAGUGCAAAAACAUGAAAUCGGGAAAUCGCAAGAAGGUUCUCGACGAACUACAAGAAAACACGUUUUCUUGCCCCGUCUUUCUUACACCGGAACAGAUGUAAGUCUAUUUGGCGACUUCCCCGUAAACUUCCUGCCGUACAUCGAAGGAACCGAGGCGACCACGGGAAAAAAGGACACAAACCACAGGCCGCACUUAGAGGCGUCGAAGAAGUCAGAGUCUCCUACUAAUCGUAUCGAGAGGACAGGAAAGAAAACGUUUCCGAUUUUCGGUAUCUUGUACUUGAUCGGAAACGAAUUUGGGUGUCAGAGCGACGGCGGACUUGGUGGACCGUGCUUGGCAGGACGCAACAACACGAUGCUGCCGGAAGGGCUGCCGGAGUAUCUGGGUAUGGGAAAAGAGCUCCGAAGUAAGUGCAGCAGACAUCACCGCAGGGAGCGACUUUGGCUAUUUUAUGCUGGGGUUUGGAGGUUAAGACUUUAGCGUAAGCAUAGUAGACAUUAGUGGGCGACAGCGGAACAAGUGGAAGAUUAUUUUUGGCUUUUCUUUCCAAGAACCGUGACCGCAGAACUUCAACUCCAAGACCAUGGUGAUGGUGGUCAUAGCUUCUACAAUUCCUAUUCCUCGCUGGUAAAACUUACUAGUAGAUAAGGUGUUAUCUUCCGAUUCUGGUUGAAGUUGAAGUGGGCCUUCAUCUUUCAUUCGCACGCAUUGAAUCUGGUGAUCCGCGUGCUGAACUCCGGCAGGAUGCCAGAUAGUGUAACGGACAUGUUUCCGUCAGAUCUCGAGUUUGCCGCAGACUAUGAGCGACUAGAAGGAGAGCGCAAGAGUGACCCUGCGUCUUCGAGACGAUCAAUUUCAGUUAAGUACUGUCGUGUUCGUGCUCGUGGUUCGAUGUAUAUUUAUAUUAUAAUUAUAUUAUGAUUUGCUGGUAUUCUAAUUCCGGUUCGAGAUAAUUAGACUAGUAGUCUAGUAGUUGUCCGGCUCCGGCAGCUGUCUUGCCUUUGUCGUCGGUUUUAAUGUUGUAGUCUUUAGAUUUUCAUCAGACUGUUAUAAUUUGCUGGUAUCUAAUUCUUCGCCCUAGUUGUACAUCAUGCUCAUUGAAUUUUCCUUUUCUAAAUCCUCAGCCAUACCAGACUUUGAGCAACGAUUUUUGAGCUGGCUACGCGUCGGGCCUUAUGAGGAUCGAUCGCUGUCCGCCCGCGUCUACGCUCUUCUGCGAAAAGCUUUGAGGGAGUCGGAUUGUCCGCUUGAUAGAAUCGUUU